CACCCAAAAAAAAGGCCCAGACGUGGUGAAACGUCCAGCCCACUGCACAGAGAAAAAUUAUCUUUAACAAAUCUAAAGAAGACUAGAAGAGUCUAGAGAAAGCCAGUAAAAGUGAAAGGAAUCAAAACCCAAAUGCAGCCCUCAGCAGCAGCGGAAAAAAAAAAAAAAAAGAUGAGAUCGGAGGAAGCUUGGUCUAGGGCCGGCCCUGACAGUGGGAGUGGAGAGAGAAUGAGAGAGGCGGAGAGCAUGAGUUGAGAGAAAAAAGCAGAGCAAGAAUGAGAAAAAGAAAGCCCUCAAACUCACACAAAAUCUCUCUCUAAAGCUCACUAAAACACUCUCUCUCACAAACGGAAACCCCAAAUCCUUUUCACAACGCCAUACCACAACAACACUUCCCAAUCUAAAGCCUCUCAACUCCAAGAUUUCAAGCUACAUGAGAAACGGCCUCAUCGAAGAAGCUCAGAAACUGUUUGAUAAAAUGCCUCUGAGAAAUACGGUCACGUGGAACGCGAUGAUUCGUGGGUACUUUAUAAAUGGGAGAUUUGUUGAAGCGGUCAAUUUCUUCGAUCAAAUGCCUGAAAGGGAUAUUUUUUCAUAUAACACAGUGAUUGAUGGGAUGAUGCAGUGUGGGGAUGUGGAUGGUGCCAGAGAGGUUUUUGAUGGGAUGCCAUUCAGAGAUGUUGUUACUUGGAAUUCAAUGGUUUCUGGGUAUAUUCGCAAUGGUAUGAUUUACAAAGCAGUAGAAGCAUUUGAUGGGAUGCUGUUGAAAGAUGUGAUUUCAUGGAACUUGGUAAUUGGGGGGCUUGUAAAUUGUGGAGAUUUGGAUUUGGCUGAAGAGUAUUUCAGACAAAUGAUUGUUCGGGAUAUUGUGUCUUGGACUAUAAUGAUUUCGGGGCUGGCUAGUGCAGGACGGGUUCUUGAAGCUCGUGAGCUCUUUGUGAACAUGCCUGUAAGGGAUGUUCGGGCUUGGAAUGCAAUGAUGGUUGGAUAUAUAGAAAAUGGACAGAUUGAAAUUGCAGAGGAUUUGUUUCAGAAAAUGCCCAAGCACAAUUUUGAGUCUUGGAAUGAAUUGAUAAGUGGGUUGGUGAGGAGCAAAAGAGUUACUCAUGCUAUAAAUCUUUUCAUGGAGAUGCCACAGAAAUGUCAAAAAAUGUGGAACUCAAUCCUGUUGGAACUAGUAAGAAAUGGGCUCAUCAAACAAGUUCAUGCUAUUAUGGAGAAAUUCCCAUACAGUGAUGUUGUGACAUGGACAAAUUUGAUUGUUGGAUAUUUUGGAUUAGGUGAGGUUGGGGGAGCAAUUCAGAUUUUUGAAUUGAUGCCAGCCCGAGAUGCAACUGUGUGGAAUGCCACAGUAUUUGGAUUAGGAGAAAAUGAUCAAGGUGAGGAAGGUUUAAAGCUGUUUAUUAGAAUGACAGAAUCAGGUCCAUCUGCAGAUAAAGCUACAUUCACUAGUGUUUUGACAAUAUGUUCAGACUUGCCAACCUUACAGUUUGGAAAACAAACUCAUGCAGGCGUUAUAAAAUCUGGUUUUAAUAGUUUCAUUUCAGUUUCCAACGCAAUGAUUACCAUGUAUGCAAGAUGCGGAAGCAUGCAUUCUGCUCUGUUGGAGUUCUCUUCCAUGUCAAGCCAUGACAUCAUUUCGUGGAAUUCUAUAAUAUGUGGCUAUGCACACCAUGGAAAUGGUGAAAAAGCCCUCGAGAUGUUUGAAAGAAUGAGAUUAACUGAUACAAUGCCUAAUCAUAUAACCUUUGUUGGUGUUCUAUCUGCAUGUAGCCAUGCUGGGUUGGUAGACCAAGGUAGGUACUACUUUGAUUUCAUGAAAUCCAAGUGUUGUCUUCAACCAAAAAUUGAACAUUAUACAUGUAUUGUUGAUUUGUUGGGGAGAUUUGGACUCAUAGAUGAGGCAAUGAACUUUUUAGAUCAAAUGAGAGCAGAUGGAGUUGAAGUUCCUGCAAGUGUUUGGGGAGCUUUGCUAGGAGCCUGUAGAAUUUACAAGAACAUUGAGGUGGGCAAGAUUGCUGGCGAGAGGGUUUUGGAAGUAGACCCUUGUAACUCUGGUGUGUAUUUGAUCUUGGCUGAAUUGUUUUUGAGUGGUGGAAAGAGAGGAGAAGCUGAAAAAAUUUGGGCUCAAAUGAAAGAGAAUGGAGUCAAGAAGCAACCAGGAUGUAGUUGGAUUGAGGUAAACCGCAGUGCACAUAUAUUUCUUUCAGGAGAUAGUUCACACCCUGAGUUCAGUAGAGUCUGUUGUGUUUUAGACUUGAUACAUAUGGAGUUGGAGAUCAAAAUUUCAGAAUCGAAUGCUGUUUCAUUUCAACAGAUAAAAGUUCCAUUUGAUGGACAUUAUGGGUGAGAUCAUUUUUGCUCACAAUAUAUGUACCAUAUUGUUCGGAUCCAUGACUUAAAUACAAAGAACUUAUGGGUACAAGUUGAUGGGAUAAGGAUUAGGAUUUAAGAAGGAAAUGGAUGGGAAUCUGGAGUUGUUGCUUUUGUAGAUUGGAGUUGCCAGUCAGAGGAUAAAUCAAGUAAGUAAAAAUGUAACAUUGUCCCACAACCCAGUAGAAGUUUGAAAUUUGGGUUGAUCACUUGAUUACUAAUCUUAAUACAUCGAAAUACAGAUGGGACCAAAUUAUCAUGCUGUUUCUUCAAGAGUAUAUAUACAAAGUGUGCUCAGGUGUAUGCCUCCUAGCAGAAAUGGAAGCAUGUCUAGUAAUGUUCAAGCAGAUCUUAGUUUUUAAUUUUCUGGGAUGCUUUAAGGAUUGCAACAAUAGCAGAGGAGGGAAACAAGAUUGCCAAAAGGUCGGCAGAAGAGAAGAGGUCGGUGAAAAAAGAUUUUGUAUUUACCCUUUAUAAUUGGCUAAGAUUUAAUUUAGUGGUGAGCAUACAAGUUUGUAUCGAUAUAUUUUUAUAGAUAUUCAAAUAUGAUAGAGGCAAACAUUUUUAAGUCUUUGAAAAAUACA